AUGGAGACUGGGACGCCGAACAUGACCCCAAUGCCAGCAGAAGUACCUGCCAAGGCCGAGGUGGACGACUUUCUGCGCCGCAAACGAAAAGCGCGCGAGCACAAGGCGUGUUAUCCGUGUCGACAACGAAAAGUUCGCUGUGAUCUUGCUAGGCCAUGCCGCACCUGUGUCGAGCGCGAACACCCUGAGCUAUGCGACUACCACCCCCUNAAUAAGAAACAGAACAACUCUUCUUCAUCUGCGGCAUCUCUCGCGCUUCCUACUGCGGGUACCAGCAGUGGGGUUCCUGCAUUAAGCGCCAAUACCGUGACGCUUUCGCGAUCGGAUUUUGAUCAUCUCUGCCGAAAACUUGACAAUGUCGAGUCUGCGCUGGAAGAUUUGCGCAGGGAGAUGAGAAGCUCGAACAAUAGACCAUCUCAACACGUUUCUGGACGUUCUUCACCAUCAAGUACUACGCAGAAGGCGGAUGGUGCACAGCCAUGGAUCAAUAACCAAUUUACCCGUCAUACCACUGUUCAUGGACUUCACGCUCGAAAUGAUCUGACUGGCCAAACCGUUCAUCUUGGAGGGUCCUCAGUACCAGCGCUGGUCAUGGCCUUGGGUCAAGGCGAUCGCGAACAGCCCUCUGUCCAGGAAAUUCUCGGUAGAUCUAUUCUUCCCAUGUUCGGUCUGGACAACGAAACUGCGACAUACCCAUUCGUGGAUCUUUGNGGGUUGGCUCACGGCUCUCUCGCACGCGCUCAAGAACUGGCUAAGACGAUACCUACCGACAGUCAAUGCUUAUCAUUCUUCCGGUAUUACCAAAAUUUGGGAAACAUCAUUUUCCCGGGUGUUGCAGACAUUUCAACCUUCGAGAUGGACUUGACGCGAUUCUUGCAGAAGAGAAAUGAACAGAUGGGCGUGGCUGGAUCUCUGCCUGCCGACAGUCCUCUUCCUGGAGUCACUGAGCAAGCUAUUUACGACAAGAAUCUCGAGUGGGUUGGACUCCUGUUUGCUGUUCUGGCGAGUGGUUGCCAAUGUUCUGGUCUGCCAAGGAAAGAACGUGAAUUGACUUCUCAAGUUUAUACAGUGUGUUGUAGUUUUGAGUGUCUGCGCUUCACCAACUUCCUAUCCCAUGUGACAUUAGAGAGUAUCCAGACGCUAUUGAUCCUAGGAAACGUGAUUUCCAAUAACAUGAACGCUGGCACUUCGUGGUCUCUCAUGGGGCUCACACUGAGACUGGCAAUGAGUCUGGGUCUACACCGCAGCUGUCCGCCUGCUGCAGACAUCGAGACCAAGGCAAUCCGUUCCAAGGUUUGGUGGUCUAUUGUAUGGCAAGAUAGUCUACUAUCAAUCACAUACGACAGAGCUGCGACCACAGCAUACAUCGACCCGUCAAGUAUGCCAGCACCAAACGCAUACACCGAGAUUCCGCCCUACCACCUAGCCAUGUACAGACUCUGCAGAGUAGGUCUCGAGAUUGUGCGCGACCGCACAAAGACCAUGAGCUCGCGCGAGCUGUUUGCCAGGAUCACAAAUCACAGGAACGAGAUUGACGACAUCAUGGCAGGCACAGCCGACUACUUACGUGACUCACGCACUUGCAAAUCGGUAGAGGAGUCGCUUGAGCACUGGGCUCUUUACCUGCACGUAUCGUACAUAGUGUCUGAGCUGUGUCGACCCGCCAUCAGUCCCAGCACAGCCAGCUACGAACUCUCCAAAGCUUUCAAGCAGACCUGCAUUGACAGCUUGGUCAGCACGGUUGAGGCUUUCCUCGGACUCCAAAACAUCACACCUUAUGCGAGACAAUCUUGGGCUGCUGUGCACCGCAGUCUGAGCUCUGCACUCCUCCUCGGCAUCAUGGGCGAGCAUGCCCACAACGAACGCGCACGCCGUCUUCUGGGCAGAUUCGUCGCACUCAUGUCAGACAUGCAGUCAGCACUGGACCCACAAGAACUCGCUGCACCCAUGGAAAGAGCCAUUACUGCACUCAAGAAGCUGAAUAUCCAGGAAUCGAGACCAUCGAGGUUUAUCGAGGAUAUCGCCAUGGCGCCUUCGGGUGGUAGUGUUGCGGACAGUAGCGAGAGUCCUGGUAUGGCGGGUGUGGACCAUUCGAGCGUGUUUCCUUCCAACACGAGUGCGUUGGUUGAUGAGGAGUAUUCGCCGUAUAGCGUGCUCAACUCGAUCUUGUGGGGUCAAGGGCCAACCCCUUAA